GUCGACUACACUGUGAUUGGUGGCAGUUGCAGCAGUUGGGCAUUUGAGGGAGGAACGCUCCGGAAGAGAGGUUAGAGAGCCCACAAGUGCAGAAAACUUUGAAAAAGUCUGAAAAGAGAGACUUGGGAUCAUACAUGCCUAGAGGGAGUUGGGAGCUACUUUAACGAUUAGCAAUCCCUAUCAUUUAGGAAAGUGUUUGCUAUAAUUUGAAUAUUGGAAAAGGAUAGCCAGGGCCAUGGUGCGACCACUGGGGAGGCUCCUGGUUGCAGGGGUACUCCUUUACAUCGAGACUGUUCUAGGUCAGCAAGGAGUCAGCUUCUCAAGUAGUAGAGUUCCAGAUUCCCAGUCCUUGACGGGACCCAACGUAUGCGGAAACCCGUUUAAUCCUCACUGCUGUGCCGGGUGGUCAACAACAUUAGGGGGAAAUAAAUGCACAGUGCCUAUCUGCGAGAGGUCGUGUGGAGACGGUACUUGUAUCAGGCCAAAUCUUUGCCUUUGUCCUGAUGGUAGACUGGCCUCUUCGUGUUCGACAAAAGCUUCUUCAAAACGCAAACCAUCAUCCUACAGCUUGUAUGCAUCUUCGUCAUCAAGGGUUGCAGCUUCAAAGCAAAGCAGUGGGUACAAGAGACCCUCCUCAUCUGCAGCAGUCUCCUCAUCCUCUUACCAGUCUGCACAGUCAAGUGGGGUGCAGUCCUACCAGUCCAGGCUUGCAGCCUACAGAGCCAGCCAAGCAAAUCAGAAAAAGAAAUACCAGGCUGCCAGAGAAAAGGACAGAAGGUACCAAAAUCAGCAGCCUGUAGCACAGAGACCAGUGGUCCAGCAACCACAGCAACCUAACUUUGGGUAUGUCCAGCCACAGCAGUUUGGCAGUGCAAACCCAUGUUUGAAUGGGGGCAGCUGGACAGGGAGUGUGUGCGUGUGCUUCUCUGGUUGGCAGGGACAGACUUGUGGACAGCCAAUAUGUAAUGGGGGCUGUCUGAACUCGGGUCGCUGUAUAGGGCCAGACAAGUGUGCAUGUAGCUAUGGGUAUUCUGGGCAGAGAUGUGAUCAAGAUUAUAGAACUGGGCCUUGUUAUACAGAGGUUACCAAUAACAUGUGCAAGGGGCAGCUCCCAGGGGUUGUAUGUACUAAGGCAUUGUGUUGUUCCACCAUUGGUAAAGCCUGGGGAAGACCAUGUGAACAGUGCCCACUAACCACACACCCAUGUAGGAGAGGCUAUAUUCUGAACCCUAGGGACAACACUUGUGAAGAUAUAAAUGAGUGUCAAGCCAUCCCAGGCCUAUGUAUUGGGGCUCCGUGUGUGAACACACUGGGCUCAUACAGGUGUGAGUGCACAGCAGGACAGAGGCGGAACCCAGUGACCAACGCUUGUGAAGAUAUAGAUGAAUGUCUUGAACAGCCUGGAAGCUGUCCCAAUGGAAUAUGUACUAAUACAGAAGGGAGCUAUUUUUGUACCUGCAAUGAAGGAUAUGAACUGUCCACAGACAGAACAGCCUGCAUUGCGGUUCAUCAGAAAUUCUGCUUCAGAAGUUACAGCAAUGGACGUUGUCAAAAUCAACUGACUACCUCUACCACUCUGAAGGACUGCUGCUGUACCCUAGGCAAAGGGUGGGGUGACCAGACUAUAUGCCAGGCAUGUCCAGAAAAAGGAACAGAGGCCUACGUAAAACUGUGCACCCCUCCUGGUGAAAUAAGCCAGGGUCUAAAUGAAUGUGCCAUAUUCGAUCACCUGUGCAAGAAUGGAAGGUGUAUCAAUACCCCAGGUUCAUUCAGAUGUGAAUGCUUUGCUGGGUAUAAAGAAGAUGCUAGUUCACAGUGCAUUGAUAUCAAUGAAUGCCAGGAAAGUGGGAUCUGUGCCAAUGGUAAAUGUGUCAACACCCCUGGCAGCUUCCAAUGUCUUUGUAAUACUGGGUUUGCUCUGCACAGUAGUGGAAGAUACUGCACAGAUAUGAAUGAAUGUGCAGAAGCAGGGAUGUGCCCCAAUGGAAAAUGUGUCAAUGUGGAUGGCAGCUAUAGAUGUAUUUGUAAUCCUGGCUAUAAGCAGAGUCCUAACCAGCAAAUUUGUAUAGAUGUUGAUGAAUGCUCAGAAAAUGGAAAGAUUUGCUUGAAUGGAUUUUGUAUGAACAAACCAGGAACAUACACAUGUGCUUGCAAGCCUGGCUAUGAACUGUCACCAGAUGGAGCCUUCUGUCUGGAUUAUGAUGAAUGUAAGACAACAGGGAUGUGUAGCAACGGAGAAUGUGUUAAUAUGCAUGGCAGUUACAAGUGCAUCUGUAUGACAGGGUAUAUCCUCUCUCAUGAUGGAAGAGUCUGCAUAGAUGUCAAUGAAUGUGAGGUGGUGCCCAAUGCAUGUGUAAAUGCCCAAUGUAUCAACAACCAGGGCAGUUACCGCUGUGAAUGCUCAGACGGAUUUGAACUGGGACCUGACAGAAAAACAUGCCUUGAUACCAAGCCUGGGCUUUGCUUCAUGAAGAUAGAAAGAGGCCAGUGUACUAACCCCAGCAACCAGCUAUUCACCAAGUCACAGUGCUGCUGCAUGGUGGAUAGCAUGGAGGCACCAGGACAUGGCUGGGGCAGUCCAUGUCAGGCAUGUCCAACUCCUGGAACCAGUGACUAUAGAAGACUCUGUGCACAUGGGAAAGGCAUGGACAAUGCAGGAAAUGAUAUAAAUGAAUGUGCUUUGAACCCUGCCAUAUGUCCCAAUGGUGCCUGUGAGAACUUGGAGGGUUCUUAUCGUUGUGUGUGCAAUGCUGGGUACCAGGUUGACAGUACUGGAAAGGUUUGUUAUGACAUCAAUGAGUGUGCAGUGAAUCCUCAACUCUGUGAGAAUGGUCAGUGUCGUAACACACCAGGAUCUUUCUCUUGUGUAUGCCCUACUGGAUUCCGUCUGAAUACAGUUACAAAGAAGUGUGAUGACAUUAAUGAGUGUGUUGAGGAGAGCAAUAGAUGUGUCAAUGGUCAGUGUGUGAAUACUCCAGGAAGUUACUCUUGUGAGUGUGGUCCAGGGACCAUACUGGACUCCACUGGCCGUGUGUGCAUGGAUAACCGCCAGGGCACCUGCUGGAGUGUGUAUAAAAGAGGUGCCUGCGAGGGUCAAAUCUCUAUGACCACCACCAAGGCUGAGUGCUGCUCUACUAUUGGCAAGGCAUGGGGAAGUCCAUGUGAGAAGUGUCCAGACAGAACAGGACCCCAGGCUCUGAAGUGUCCUAGAGGCUAUGCUCUGAUCAAUGGGGUGACUUGCACAGAUGUGAAUGAGUGUGAAAUCUUUGGGGAGAUCUGUAAAGGUGGUGGCCAGUGUGUUAACACAGAGGGGUCCUUCCAUUGUACCUGUCCACCUGGACUUUCCCUGGACAGCACUGGCAGGAGAUGUAUAGAUUUGCGACAAGCUACUUGUUACAUGACAUACAGCAGAGGUGUGUGUAAAGAUGCCCUCAGUGGGAACUAUCUCCGCUCAAGCUGCUGCUGCUCUAUUGGCCAGGCCUGGGGAUUUGACUGUAAGGCCUGCCCAGCCAAGGGAACUGAGGAGUACAAGGACCUGUGCGGUACCCGUGGUCCAGGCCAUACAGGGCCAGACAGAGAUAUCAAUGAAUGCACUCAGUUCCCAGAGCUGUGUAAAAAUGGUUACUGCAGGAACACUAUUGGCAGCUUUGAAUGCCGGUGCCACCAGGGCUAUGCAGUAGAUAAUACUGGAAUGAACUGCACUGAUAUAGAUGAGUGCAGUAUCUCCCCUACUAUUUGUGGCAAUGGAACAUGUGUUAAUGUAGAGGGGACAUUCAGAUGUCUUUGUCUCCAAGGUUUUGAGACAAUGGGCAUUAUGAAAGUGUGCAUGGAUAUUGAUGAAUGUGCCCGUAAUCCCAUGCUGUGUCGAGGUGGCCAGUGUAUUAACACAGCAGGCAGCUUCAACUGUCACUGUCCUGAUGGGUUUGAGCUGAUGCCUGGUGGAGAUGCCUGCAAGGAUGUGGAUGAGUGCUCUCUGGACAGCAGCAUUUGCUCCAAUGGACACUGUGAGAACUUCAUGGGAGGAUACCAGUGUGUGUGUGAUGAUGGGUUCAAGCCAAAUCCUACAAAAACUUCAUGUCUAGACAUAAAUGAAUGCCAGGUGAAUAAUGGAGGUUGCCAAACACAGUGUAUCAAUACACCAGGCAGCUAUGAAUGUGCCUGUAACUCUGGAUACGUCCUCAUGCCUGACGGAAAGAGAUGUAUUGAUGUGGAUGAAUGUCGUGAGAAGCCAGACAUCUGUGGAGGAGGUACCUGUAUUAAUUUACCUGGGACAUACAGGUGUAACUGUGGCCAAGGACUGACACUGUCACCAGACCAGAAACAGUGCCUAGAUAUUGAUGAAUGUUCCCUGAACCUGAACAUGUGCCAGAAUGGCGUAUGUUUAAACACUGCAGGUUCCUAUGAAUGCAAGUGUGACAUUGGUUACUCAGUCAAACCUGGCAACCCUGCUUGUACAGAUGAUGACGAGUGUGGUCUGGGCAUCUCAAAGUGUGACCAGAAUGCUGUGUGCGUUAACACCCAGGGCUCCUACAAGUGUACAUGCCAGGCUGGCUAUACUGGGGAUGGAAUCACUUGCAGAGACAUUAAUGAGUGUGUUCGCAACAAUGGUGGCUGUGACCAGAAUGCAGAUUGUGUUAAUGAGCCUGGAAGCUUUAAAUGUUUCUGUCAAGAGGGCUUUGAAGGAGAUGGCUUUGACUGUAGGGAUAUCAAUGAAUGUGAAAUGUUCCCCAACCUGUGUGUACAUGGCCAGUGUGUUAAUAUAUUUGGAAUGUUCCGCUGUCACUGUGACCAAGGAUACAAGUUAGAUGGUGGAGGAGGAAACUGCACUGACAUAGACGAGUGUGAGGAUCCGUCCAACUGUCAGUUUGGUACCUGUAUUAACAAACAAGGCAGCUAUACUUGCCAGUGUCCACCUGACUUUGAACUCAUUCCAUCUGGUAAAGGCUGUGUUGACAAAAGGAUAGGGAUCUGUUACAUGGACAUAUCAUACCGUGGUGACUUUGGUCGUAUAUCCUGUGAGAGAGAAAUGCAAACACGUGUGGGGAAGGCAACGUGUUGUUGUUCAGCAGGGCGUGGCUGGGCAGCAGGACCAGGGGCUUGUGAACCCUGUCCCUCCAAUGCCACCAGGGAGUACCAGGAGCUCUGUCCUGGAGGACCUGGCUUCAUACCCAAUAAACUCUCUCUCAUUGCGGAAGAUAUUGAUGAGUGCAAAGAAACCCCAGAUAUCUGUAAAUCUGGAAAGUGUGAGAACACAUUUGGCAGCUACAAGUGUGUCUGCCCCUCUGGAUAUAAAUACAACUACCAACAGAAACAGUGUAUUGAUGUGAAUGAGUGUGAGCUCAGUCUGGCAGUCUGUGGUGUAGGGACUUGUGUAAACACGGAUGGAAACUACACCUGUAUUUGCCCACCUGGACACAUGCUCAUGCACCAUGGCAGAGACUGUAUGGACAUGAGACAUGGUAACUGCUACCUGCAGGUCUUCAACUCCACCACACCACCAUACAAUUAUGUCUGUGACAACCCUCUGUCUGUGAACCUCACCAGGAAAGUGUGUUGUUGCUCAGUGGGACAGGCCUGGGGAUCUCCAUGUGAGGCAUGUCCAAGAGCCAAUACAGAGGCCUAUUUCCGCCUAUGCCCUGGCCCUGGUACUGAGAUAGACAUGACAGGCAUGCCCUCAGACAUCAAUGAGUGUGCCACCAUCCCAAACCUCUGUCUCAAUGGACGCUGUAUAGACACCAUUGGAAGCUUCCGCUGCGAGUGUGAUGCUGGAUACAGAUAUGAUCCUAGUCUACACAUCUGUCAAGAUAUAAAUGAAUGUCUAGAGGGCCCAUCUCCUUGUGUUGGAAAUGCUCAAUGUGUUAAUGUUCCUGGCAGUUUUACUUGCAUGUGCCCAGCUGGAUACAAGCUUUCUCCCAAUGAAAGGACAUGCAUAGAUGUUGAUGAGUGUAAGGAGCUGACUGGCACCUGCAUGAAUGGAGGCUGUCACAACUUGAUUGGCAGUUUUAACUGUAUCUGCAGACCAGGCUUUAGACUGUCACCAAGCAGAGAUGUUUGCUUAGAUGUGGAUGAGUGUGCCACCAUGCCAAAUGCCUGUAGGAAUGGUACCUGCAGGAACACCAAGGGGUCUUAUGAAUGCUCUUGCUUUGAAGGAUUUGCUUUGACAGAUAACAAUGAUUGUUUUGAUAUUGAUGAAUGUAGAAACCAGUUUGGUAUAUGUCAGAAUGGCAGAUGUAGGAACAACAUUGGUAGCUUUGAAUGUGUUUGUCAGAAUGGGUAUACAACUACUGAUGAUGGACAGAACUGUAGGGACAUCAAUGAGUGUGUGGAGGUGCCAGGCAUGUGUCGCAAUGGUCAGUGUCAGAAUAUAGAGGGGUCAUUCCAAUGUACAUGUCCAGAUGGGUUCCAACUGUCCAUCAAUGGGGAUGAGUGCAUAGAUGUGAAUGAGUGCACCAGUAUUCCAGGCAUCUGUGUCCUAGGACAGUGUAGGAACACUAUUGGAAGUUUUGUAUGCACCUGUCCCCCUGGUUACAUACUCACCAACAGUGGCAGAAACUGUAAAGAUAUGCGCACUGGCAACUGUUUUGAUCGGUUUGUGAGUGGCAGUUGUUUAAAUCCCAGAGCAAUGAAUAUGACACAAGAUAUUUGCUGUUGCUCAGAUGGAGCGGCUUGGCAGGCAGCCAGGGGAGGGAUAUGUGAAGUGUGCCCAAGGAAAGGAGAAGCUGCCUUUGAAUUGCUGUGUCCAGAAGGAAUGGGAUUUGUGAAAAGUAUAACAGGCAUGAAAGAUAUUGAUGAGUGUGUCAUGAAAACCAACAGUUGUAUCAAUGGUCGCUGCAUCAACACUGAUGGUGCCUAUAGGUGUGAGUGUGAGGAAGGCUACAAACUAGACAGCAGUGGAGUGAGAUGUGUUGAUGUUGAUGACUGCAUUGAGGUGCCAGGGAUAUGUGGGGAGGGCAGCUGUACCAACUUGGUUGGAGGGUUUGAGUGUACCUGCAGACCAGGCUAUGAACCUGGACCUAGAGGAAUAUGUGUUGACAUCAAUGAAUGCAAGCUUAAAGACGACUUCUGUGCAUUCCGUUGCCAGAACAUUCCAGGCUCUUUUAGAUGUAUCUGCCCUAAGGGAUAUCAGCUCGCGGAAGAUGGCAGACACUGUGAAGAUGUGGAUGAAUGCCAGACCCCAGCCAAUGACUGCAAGUUUGCCUGCAAGAAUCUUGUGGGAUCAUUUAUGUGUAUCUGCCCUGAAGGCUAUAGACAAGUGGGCAUAACUGAUGAAUGCAGGGAUGUUGAUGAAUGUAGAGAGCAGAUAGGAGUAUGUGGACAGGGAAGAUGUUAUAAUACACCUGGUAGCUAUCGCUGUGAUUGCUUCCAAGGAUUCAAACUCAGCACAGACGGAAAGACAUGUAUUGACACACGUGAGGACUUCUGUUACACUCAGAUCAUAAAUGGACGUUGUACUGGUCAGCGGUCAGAGCUGGGAAAAGUGACCAUGUACCGCUGUUGCUGUGCCAGAGGUGCUGCUUGGGGAAGAGAAUGCCAGAGAUGUCCUCAAGCUGGGACAGCUGCUUUCAAACAAAUGUGCCCAUUUGGCCCUGGAUACACUCCAGAUGGCAAGGAUAUUGAUGAAUGCUUGUCCAUGCCUCAAGCCUGUAGACAUGGUCGCUGUCUGAACACUCUGGGCUCAUAUAGAUGUGUAUGUGACAAAGGAUGGAAGGUUUCGGACAGUGGAAAUGCUUGUGAAGAUUUGAAUGAGUGUACAUUAGACAAUCCCCCCUGUGAACACAACUGCCAGAACCUGAUAGGUAGCUACAAAUGUUCCUGUCCCAGAGGAUUUAUCCUCAACCCAGAUGGCAGGACUUGCAGAGAUUUGGAUGAGUGUGCCACCCUGCGUCACAACUGUCCCAUAUCAAGCCAGUGUGUCAACACCCCAGGCAGCUUCCAGUGUACAUGUGGGCCUGGCUACAGGCAGAUUGGGCUGAACUGUCUUGACAUUGAUGAAUGCCGUGAAAACCCAACCCUUUGUUCUCUUGGGCGGUGCCAGAACACCCCAGGCAGCUACAAGUGCUUCUGUGACCGGGGCUACACUCUCAGCCCAGAUGGAAACAUAUGCAUGGAUGAAGAUGAGUGCAAGCAGCGUAAUAUAUGUGGCAAUGUUGCUGAAUGUCUGAAUACCAUGGGCAGUUACCAGUGCACUUGUCCACAAGGCAUGAGAUAUGAACCUCAGAGCAGAACAUGCCUGCAAGGCUUUGGUCCAGAUGGAACUGGUCCAGAUGGUAUUGGUCCUGGUGGCAUUGGUCCUAGUGGAAUCCGCCCGGGAUAUGGAUGUGGAACCCCUUGUUUAUUCUCUUGCAUUCAAUUAAGCGUAGGACCAACAUGUGGAUGCCCCUCAGGAUAUCAGCUAGUUGGACAGGGCCACUGUGUGUCUGCAGGGGGACCCUCUGAGUACGAGCAGCUUGCAAACAAAUAUCCCCAGGGAGUGAACCUACCCCAUGUCCCAAGUUCCCGUGACCAUACACUGCCAGCUGGAGAGGGCUGUUAUGAAUGUGAUACAUUACCAGAUGAGCCACCAGGUGGCGUUCCACUGUACAGAGGCCGGCCAGCCAGGGCAAGACACCUCAGGAACAAACGCUCAGUGGACAGCUUCCUAAAGGCUGUUGGGAUGAAGACCAGUGAGGACCAUAUAGACAGAGAGACCAUUAGCUCAGAUCUCAAGAUGCUCAACCCCAAUGACACUCUAAUCAUUCAUCUGACAAAGAAACAAGCCAGACCCAAAGUAAAUGUGAUCAAAGUGUUGCCAGCUUUGCAAGUUCUUGAAGACAAUAUACUAUAUAAAAUUACAAAGGGGAAUGAAAAUGGCAUCUUUUCAAUGCACGAAAAGAAGGGAAUCAGCUCAUUACAUUUCACACAUAAAGUCAAAGAGCUUGCAGAGUACAAUUUAGAAAUAACGGGCACACCAAUUAGAGGUGAACAUGAAGUAAUAGAAAAUGUCAAAUUAGAGCCAGUAGUUAUUAAAAUUAAACUGAUGGUUCAAUAGCAGUGUUGAAGUUUUUUAUUGGCACACUAAUUGCAUUUGUUAUUAAGUUAAUUUAAUAAAGAUGGGCUGUUGAAAAAAAACAUCAUUACCAACCCAUGUAAGAAAUUAUACAUAGUUUCAUGGUGAAUUCUAAAAACUGCCAUCAAGGAUUUACUGCUCAGAAGGGUUUUAUUUUCAACUCGAGAUCAGAAAUUAAAACCAAGAUAAUCAUGUUUGAAUAUCAAAUCUACAAGUAAUUUGAAUCUUCAAGAUUUUUACAGCUGUUCCCAAUAUAGGUUUAACAGUGUACAUUAGUGCUCAUUUCUGAGAAAACUGUAUUAGGAUCAAGUAUUAAUACUUAUGUGAUGCCCUAAAGGCAGCCAAGUGAUAUGGUCGCUGUACAAUCUGUCAAGUUCCAUGUGUCAUACCAACAUGUUUGUGAUGCUAUAAAAGAUAAAAUUCCAAUAUGUGCAAACAUAGCAUUGCAGUUGUUCAUGUGCUUGACUCUUAACAAAAUCGCUUGUGUUAAUAAGGAUGAUGUCAAAGAAAAUAAAAGGUUCUCACUAACUAUAAUUUAAAAGAAAAAACGUUUUCAUUUGUACCAAAUGUUCUGGUUGGUACUAUAUUGCACUAUUAUAUGUUCAUGUUGUGUGAUACAUGUCAGAAAUGCAUUUUAUAAAAGACGCUAUAAUCAUGUGUAAGGAUGAUAUAUAUGAGUAUUAACUUCAUAAAAUAUAAAAAAAAUAUUUUUUAAGUCCGAUGUUACAGGCUUUAAAUGUUUGCAUGUUUUCUAAAUAGCCUUAAAUGUAUCAGUAUACUGCAGUUUAUAUUACUAUCAAGGUGACAAUCUGUAGUUAGAACAGCUGAAGCACUUCAUCUUCUGUGGGAUAAGUGUUGUUAAGUGUACAUACAAGAUGUAAAACUUGUUAUUAACUGGUCUUUAUUACAAUGACAAGUACUGCAAUUGAAUAUAGAUCAAUUCAUAAUUGUAAUGAAUAAGCUUAUGUUUAAGGAACUGAGUGUUAUAGAAUGCUGAUGUGAUUGUCCAGAGUGAAAAAUCUACAGUAAAACGACCACUUAUGCAAGAUAAUGCAACAAAUGUUAAUUCAGCAUUAACAGCAAAAUAAAAAGAAGUAUUAUGAGAAAAUGGAGGACUAUGAAAGCAGGAAAGCUUCCCUGGGGGUUACAUGGUCAGUUAUAAAAAAUAAUCUCUAAAAUCACUCACAAUGUGUUCAACUAGCUUCCAGGAGGAGAUUAAGAAAGUCUUUGAAGAUCUUUCAAUUCAGGUCAGCCACCUUGCUCAGAGCAAUCCUGCAUAAUUGGUCUUUGCCUACACCUCAAACCAGAACAAUUGGAAUUUAGGUAUCACUUUUCCUCAGUAAGAAGUUCAAUACUGAUAUAAUUUGUUACAAGUACUGAUUUUAACUUGGGGCAUAUAUGCUAUAUUCAGGGUGCUAGUAUUAAAUAGGAACAAUACUUUUUGAAAACACAACACAAAAUAUCUGCUUUAAGGUGAGGAAAAGAUUGCUCUGAUUGGUGCUGUGUAGGAACUGUUGACUGUCAAGGCCAUAUGGGUCUGACUAGAGAAGGUUGUAAUGUACUUUUAUUAUUACAUGUACUUGUGUUAUUAUACAGCAUAGCUGGGAGAAAUAAAAAACGUAAAAAAAGUU